UCGUGCUUCUAAGAAAUGCUCAAAAUGUCUACAUUCGACAGAAAUGGUCUGUUCAACAGCUUUAGAAAAUUGUUAUCCAAAUAAAUAUGAUUUCCAAAUUGUAGCUCUCAUGGCGAAAACUUUAAGAGAUUCUUUUUUUCCAGAGUGGACAAAGCAAUAUCUUGGAGAGUACAGCACAUGGAGAACACCUAUCUCAGAUCAGUUCUCCUCCCUGUCUGAUGAAGAGGUGUGCGUGUUAUUCUGUUUUCUGUGCUCUGACUCCGGUAUCCCCGACUUUACUGAUACAGACUGUCUGGACAUUCUUAAUGGGAUACGAGAGGUGAUAUAUGAUGAGAACAGUGUAACAAGUGAGGAGGCACAGCGGACUCUGGAUGGACUGAAGUCACGUGGAUUUCUUUGGAAUUGGGACGGAGUAGACAUCACUGAGGACACCAAGGACGAGACCAUGUACCGUGUUACAGAACGUGAUAUAAAAUGUAACAUAGAACUUAUAGAACGUGUUAUACGGCUCGCCGUGUAUUGGUUAUCCAGUUAUACUACAGUAGUGAGGUAUCUGAGAUCACACAGAUACACCAGGAAGUCUGGAGAGAAAUGUGUCAUUUGUAACUACUCGGACUGUGAUUCCGUACUCAUACACCGUCUACAGAUGAACAUACUGACCCACGUCACCAUGGAGGACACGGAUAUCUGUGAUGAAGUGUCACGGAUCUUGAACAUCCCUCUAAAUAAAGUACGCAUGAGUGAGGGGGAACGAAGAGCGUUUUUAGAGGAAUUACAGCAGACUGUGGAGUGUGAACAAAUCAGAGGCGGAUCACAGGGCAGUGUACAACACGUCAAGUGGCUCUGGCGAUAUGAGAGAACUGACUUCGUGAGAUCCUGUAUAGGUCCCCACCCGCACAGUGAUAUUUACAUCAUCAACAACACGGCUUACAGAAAACACAGUCAGUACCACGACCGUCCUCCAGCUGAACGUUGUCUCCUGUACUGUCUUCUGAUGGUGGGCGACUACACCGUCAAGGUCAAGGACGAAUCUCACAUCACGAUGUACAAUGCGAUCAGAGAACGAUACUUUACAGAACUACCUGUUUGUGAGAAAAUCACCGCCGCCGACACUCCCGAGGAAAUCAUUCACGUGGAAAACGACGUAAUCAAGUUUAAGCCAUCCGACAUCCGACAUGACGUCAUGUACGCGUUCAUUACAGAGUGUCUGGUUGAGGACAGUGAUCUGAAGUUUUUCUUGACCACGGCGUCACCUCACGUGAUAUCAGAAUACUGCCGGUCGUGGGAUUAUAAGCGGAGUGAGGGAGAGCGAUGUCUGUAUAUACCUGCUAGACCGGAUGAGAUGUACGACCUGUUCAUAGACAGACUACAGCUGGAUAUCCUCACACACUGUACCGUGUCAGACUGGAGGAUUCAUUACAGUAUCAGUAAACGUUUGCGCAUUCCUAUAGAAGUGAUGUCAUGGAGUGACGAGGCAAGGAGGAGAUUUGUGGACAAUUUUCGCAAAGGUAGCAUCGAGAUGUUCCGUGCUAGAGGUAUGAUUGUUGGCUGUGCCGGGGCAGGAAAGACAACUAUUCUCAAAAGACUUCAACGAAAUCAGACGGAAGACCUGAAUACUAACACUAAAACUACAAUUGGUCUCGAAGUCCAUAACGACAUAUUUGAAAUAGUUUCGGACAACCUAGAAGAUUUCAAACAGAAUAGCAAAUCUGGAAAGGACGAUAAUACAGCUAGUCUACAUGAGAAUAAACAACUCAUCAGCAUGACAGAUUUCGCUGGUCAGGUGGCCUACUAUGCCUGUCAUCAAAUCUAUUUGUCCAGAAGGGCGUUUUAUCUCUUGGUCAUUGAUAUGUCAAAAAAUCUGAAAGACAUAGCAUAUGAUCCAGAGAGACACAAUCCGAUUGGAUCACUGUUCGAGAAAUGGACUUACGAAAACUACUUUGUUUUCUGGUUGCAAUCCAUCAAAACCUACUGUGACGACAAAAAGAUGAAAGAAAAAUUCGGGGAAGAUGUGGGAGCAAAUCCGGUGAUAUUAAUUGCAUCACACAGGGACCAACUAGAAACGGAAAAUGUGAGAAAACACAAGAAUCCUGUCAACCGUAGCAUGAUUGAAUAUCCGUUUUAUGAGGAGUUGGAGAAAUGCUUGCCUAAAGAACAGAUAUUAGGGGGUCUUAUUUCACCCGAAAGGUAUUUCGAAGUUGAGUGUCCACCUGGAGAUCUAUCUGAAGAACAAGAAGAUAUCAUCGAUAAAGUCAGGAAAUGCGUUGUUCAGGCAGCAAUGGGUCUUCCCCACUGGGGAGAAAAAAUACCAAUUCAAUGGUCGUAUUUUGAGCAAAUUCUUCAUGAAGAAAAGGAAGAGAAAAUUCUCAAAAGAAAGGACUUGUGGAAAAUGGAUGUCAUUCAAUUUAAAAAUGAGGAUGAUAUGGAUGACAUGCUUCGGUUUUAUCAGGAAAUAGGGCAAAUCAUCUACUUCUCAGACGAGGGGCUGCGGGAUGUGAUUAUUCUGGAUGUCCAAUGGUUUGUUGAUGCCUUUAAAGCUAUCAUUACAGAUCCAACGCAUGUGCAUGGUUUUACUCAGAAAGUGAAGGAAUGGAAGGCAUUUAGAGACACCGGCAAAUUGUCUGAUGCGACUUUAUGCAAAAUAUGGAAGAAAAAUUACGGUGAAUCUUAUAUCAAGCACAAAAAAGAAAUCAUGGUAUACAUGGAAAAACUAGGAAUACUGGCUGAGGUUGAGUCGCAAGACGAGACGCCAUUUUAUUACAUCCCUAGUAUCAACAAGAGGGAUCUUAAAGAGGAAGAUAAGGAAAUCAUUGAUGCAGGAAACAAGACACCCUUGUUUAUAUUCUAUUUUAGAAAUUACCUGCCCCAUUUCUUCUUUUAUCGCCUGUUUGUUAAUUGUUUCCGGAAAUGGAAUCAACUCGGAGAUGAUUUGUUCUUUAAAAAUGCUGCCUUUUUUAAGGUUAAAGAUGAGGACCAUAGAAUCGCUAUUGCCGUCAGCAAAACGUCAAUCCAGUUGCAAGUAUUUACACCAGAAGAAAAUAUCGAGCUGAAAGAAGAGGAAACAAAAGGCAUAAGGUCGGCUGUAGAGGACUUGAUCAAUGAAAUUACCACCACAUUCCACGAAAAAGUAAAUUGCAAAAUGGGAUUUGCUUGUAAGGAUCUGAACAUAACGGAUGAAGAUGAGGAUAUGUUUCUACCUGAAGAAGACGUGGCUUGUUUAAAAACUAGCAGUAGACCUUGUCCGAUACAUCUUAAGAAAGUCGAACGCCAUCGCAUAGAUAGAGAUAAUCUUCUAAAGUACUGGUACACGGGCGCAAAUCCCAGUACACCACAGCGGGAGAGUACGUAACAACAUAUUUCGAGGAAAACCUGCUGCAGCCUGCAUGGUACUUUGAUAUUUUGACCGAUGUAUAGAUAUUUCUCUAAUCAUUUGAAGUGACACAAAUUAACUCCAGUUUGUGAUAUUGUUUGCUAUUUCUCCUUAAGGACCAGCCUAUUAGAUAAGGGACCAAGAAAAUCAACAGAAUUUCUUAUUUAUCUCAAAAUAUAUACAAUUGAAGCAAAUUUGUGUGCUUUGAUGUUUUCCAACUACUCAUAUGAUGAAAUUGGUGUAAUUGGUUACAUAGUACGGGGUUUAUAGGGGAUUCGUUACAAUUGCUCUGUAUAUGCUAAUUAAUAUGCAAGCUUUACAAUUAUUCUUUUAAAGGAAUUCCCUGGCCAGCGCUAUAAAGUUAUAUAUCCCAAUUAAGUGGAACCCGGAUAUAUUUUUUUGUUGAAUGUAGAACAAAAACUGUAGAUAAUCGCAAUAUUUAUUACACAAUUUCAAGCUUUAGGGGCCAGUCCCUGAAAUGAAGAGCCAGGAGGGAUCAAAAUUACUCUGUAAAGAAUUCACAAUGUACAACAAAUAUAAAGCAUUGGUGAUUUUUUUUUUCAUUUUGACGUUGUCCAACUGAUGACAGACUUUAAACAGUGGCCGCCACUGCAAACACUUUUUAGAGAUGGUUCCGUUCCGAAUUUCUUUGAUUACUUUAAACGUGUAACCGUUUCAUCCCGCGCAAAGUGUAUAUAGGGUUGAUUGUUCUUAUAAUUCAAGAUUAUUUAUAUGCUUUCAAGUAAUCUCAUUCCACUCACAAAAAACCCCGUACAAUUCACAUCGAAAUGUUACACCAAAGCCCAGGAUCCACAAAUCGUAAUGUCUAUAUUAUUGGCAAUAGUUGAUUAAUUAGUACCCAGGCCCAGCAAUAGAUGACACUACAUGUCUGUAUUUAGCUAUACUGUAAAAUACUACAGCAAUGAUUAUACUUGUGUGUAAUUUAUGCCAAUAUUUUUGUUCAUCUGAAAUAUAUAUUCUUGCAUAUGUUAACAUUGGUAUAUACUGUGUAGCACUGUAAAAAGUGUAUGUGUGUGUGUGGGGGGGGGGGGGGGGGUAGGAUUCCAACUAUUUGUGACAAAAAUUUACGAAUAUUAGUGUUGAGGUCAUGUUUUUUUUAAAUGCUGAAACUUGAUAUCAUAACGGUUGGGGCCUUAUCAUGCUUGAAUAAUUUUGUGUAAUGUCGGGUUAAAAUGUUAUUUUCGACGCCAUGUUUGCGUUGACAGCAGACAAAGUUUUAACAGAUAUCGUUGUACCACAUACUGUCGGAGGAAAUUUCUUAUUCUACUCCAAAAAGUCGGAAGAAGGUGUUGCAACACGUUGAACAGAAAUAUCAGACGCUGAUAUGGCUACGUCAACAAACGGAAUUAUAGUCCGUUCUUGGCACACCGAUUCUGAUUACUGAUAACUCUGUUUACUUGGUUCACGACGGGUGUGACCGGUCGACAGGGGAUGCAUAUUCCUCUUAGGCGCCUGAUCUCACCUCUAGUAUAUACAGGGGUACGUGUUUGCACAAUUUUCUAUUUUGUAUUGCUUAUAGGAGUUGUGAGAUUGGUCACUGUUCGCUAUCUUCACCAUUCAUGAAACCGUGAGAUCUCAGUUCGAAUGGAGCUUUAAUGGAUAUUUGAAGGCAUGAUUAGACAUAAAUAUAGUGGGGGAAUAUGUUUGGAUUUUUUAUGAUAAAUGUUUCAGACAGCGAAGCAAGAAUACAAGGACAUGAGGCUUCAACCGUGCGCAUUUUAUUUUUCACGCCAUAACCGAAAGUGUUUAUAAGGGGUAAAUCUGUAGCUCUCUGAUAUGCCCCAAUAGUUUCUCAGAGAGCUAUAGUUCUACAGGUAGUUUGAAGUUAGACAUAAACUGAAGUUUUGUGAAAAUCAACGUACUUGACCUUCAACCUUUGAAUUUUGUAAUCAAUAAGCCGUUUGGAUGUAUCUCAAUCUAUCAUGAUGCAUUGUUUGUAAACACCAAUAUCAACUUAUAUCUGAAUAAGAAUAUCGUUUAAAAUAAGCUAUGUACUUUUAAUGACAUGGGACAUUUAAAUGUAGUCGGUAUAUUUUUAUUUGGACCAAUGUACAUGUAUAGAUUGUCUCUUUUUAAAGUUCUGUUGAUUUAUGUAUUUUUUCAAUGAAAUUUAAAACAUUUAAAUGCACUCAUGAUGGAUAUGAUUUAUCGGGGUUUAUCUUCACAAUGGACAGUCAAAAUGCAACGCCAAAAAAUCAGUCUAUAAUAUCUCAAUAAGUUUCUAAAGAUAUUUUCACAUAUUAACCAAUAGUAAAAGCAUACUACCAAAACAUUUUGUUUAGUUGAUGCAUUUCAGAGAGAGAGAAAAGUCAUCUUGAUUUGUUUGUACUAAUUCGGAUGUAAAACUUUAAAGAAUGCAGAUGACGUUCAGUUGAUCAUGUAUCUUUAAUCAAAUUAUGUACAUCCUAAUAAAUUGGUUUGACAU